AUUGUUAGUCAUCUUCAGGCUGUUAUAAAGCACGUCAGUCAACCCGCCACUUUGAUUUUCUUCGGUUUAGCUAUAUGAUAUUGUCCAGAUAAGCAGUAUGCACUGGGAGAAAUCGCCGCAGUCAGGACUGGCCAGGUCCAGACCGUACCAAGGUGUGCGAGUCAGAGACCCAGUGAAGGAGCUGCUGAGGAGGAAGAGGAGCCUGGAGCCACCCAGCACCAAGAUGGCGCCCCCUACUGCGGAUGUAGUCGCACACAACAACCAGUCAUCGUACACACAAGGCAUCUUUGGCUCUGAUGUUUCUGGCGGCUCCCCAGCUGAGCCAUCGGGGGCAGUCGGUGACGGAGGGAUGCAGUGUGCAGGAUGGAAAGCUGCCCCCCCAGCCACCAGCGCUGGCCUGCAGCCUGCCGUAACGCCCUGGUCUUCGUCUGACUACAACCAGCAGGACCGUUCGGCUCAGACUCUGGCCUACUCAGCCACCCCCACCCUCACUGCUGAUGUGUACAUGCAGACUCUGUGUCCCAGCUACACCAUGCUGACCUACACACACGCACCACUCCUCACUAACUUUGGGACCAUACCUAUGGCCCCAGCACCAGCCUCCCUCCCUCAGAUGGAGCUCCCAGACUCAGGGUUGACCUACCUCCCCUGGGCCCAGCCCCUCACCACCAUAUCUACCAUGCCCAACCCGGGGGUCCAGUUUGCCCCCGGCUCCGCAGCCCUGCCCGGGCCACCCCUGGUCCACAUGCCCUUGUCCAUGUCUUUGACCACCAUGAUCCCUCAGCUGGAGGCUCAGGGCAUAGAUCCUCAGUCACAGAUACUGGACCUCCCGCACAGUUCAGACCACCAGCUGGACCCUGAGCCCCAAGGUCAGUCUCUGGAUGAAGAUCCAGGGGUAGAGUCGGAAUCACCAAGCCUCCUGGAUAAACUUCUGGAGGAUCAAAAGGAUGAUGGCGGUGAGGGGGACAAAGACUCGUACAGCAGCUCGCUCUUUAUUCCAGAUGUCUGAGAGUGUUCUUCCUUUCUCUGUUUGUUUCUCAGGGGCCACCAUUAAAGGAUAAUUUGGGUUUAUCACAACUUGAGUCUUCAUUUUUAGCUGUGGCCUACUUUCUGUACAUUGUGAUAGUGCUGUACUCUUCAGGAUAAAUGCUGAGGUUGAUGCUGGAUAAAUAACCAGGGAAAAUGGAUAACUCCUCUCAAAUCCCAGGCACUUAAGGGCCUCAAAGGCCCCAAGGUUAUCUGUGUGACAAUUAGAGAUGGGAAUUGAGAACUUGUUACAGUUGAGAACCGGUUCUCGAUUCCCAAAACAGUGAUGUCAAACAAACUGCUGCAACUGAGUCAUAGUGGAGAGGAAGAAAUGGUCCAAAACAUGGCUUCCUCAUCACAAAGACAGAUGACAACAGUGUUUGUUGUAAUUAUCAUUUCAAGUAAAGGUGGAAAACCUUCUGAAAACCUGUGUAUUCACACAUAAAACUGAUCAGGAGAAUUGGACCGAUAAGCAGAAUUAAUAAUGGCAUUGGUAUCAAUAGAAUCUUAUCACUUCCAUCCUUGGAGACAAUUUUAACAAUCACACAUUUGUAUAGUAAUAUGCACCACGUAAUUCGGAAUCUUGAGACCUCCUCUUGUUUAGCGACUGUAAAUAAAUCUAGUAAAUCUAGUCUCAAUCUCAAUGAUUAUAACUUCUCCAGUGAAGACAUAUCUUAUAUUAUUACUAUAGAUGAGCAAAUACAUCAUUAUCUGUAUUUUUUCAGUCAACUCGUAAUUGUAUGUGUACUCCGAAUGGGUGGGGCUUAAACCAGAUGUGGAUGGCACUGAAACUGGGUGGGACUAACUGGAUGUUUUUACCUCCCUAAAUUAGUACCUAAUUAUUACACCCUAUGCUAUGAUUUAUUAUCUUCACAGCAGCCGCAACAUAUGGGUGCCCACAGGACGACUUAUAUAGCAAAUAUAUAGCAAAAAAUAAGCAAAUAUAUUCAUCUCUACUUACAACAGUACAGUGUGUUAUAAACCAUGUAAUAAAAGUUUAAACACUGCUUAUAAAUGCUAAAUAACAGAGGAUUAAGUCUUGUUUCUUGCCUUAAAGUAUGUCUGAUUCUGAUUCUGAUUCUGAUUCUAGCUGACAUCUUGGUAGCGAUGUGAUGUUCCCGGAUUUCAACAGUUAAUUUAGUCAGUAUAUUGUUAUUAUAACAGAUAAGAAAGAAUGGCCAAAACUACAAAAAAUAAGACCUAAGUUGUAAUAAACCAGAAUUAACUUUAUUGUAAUUAGUUAUUCCUGUUACUUUUACACUUUUCCUUCAAUGACAACCACAAUACCUUCUACGGUCAUCAUUUUUUCUGUGCAUUUAAGAUGUAGCAUUUGCAGAAUGCAGUUAAGUAUUAUUUUAUGCUGUUGUGAUGUAAUAUACAUUUCUACUGCUCUAACUAAUGGGCCUUUUUGGAUGUUUUAAGUGUUUUAAAUGAGUGUGUAGAUAUUGAUGCUUUGAAUAUAAACCUAUAUUUGAUUGCA